ACAAUGUGUUGGAGCGCUAGCCAAUAGAAGCAAGGAUCUGGAUAUGCCAUCCAGCGGGACGAUGAAUCCCAGAUGUCUCACUGUAUCCAGGAAGAAGACAAACAUCUGACAUGACAUUUCACCUUCUCGCAUCGCUUCCUCCGACAUCCCGACUGCAGGAUGACAGGCUGAGUCCUGCAGGUGAACCCUUGGACCAGGGAGAGGCCAUCAUCUCCUCUUCCAUGUUUCUCAGAAGAUGAUCUUCGACGGACGUUAUAUAUUUUCAUUUUUUGGAGCUUUGGGUUGUGUUGAUUUCUCGAAGUAUGGUUCCAAAAUGUUUUGUUGAACUGAAUUCUUUAAAGUCUCUUUUCCUGCUCGGAAAACUCUUUGAUUUGGAGAAUUAACACGAGGUUUCUGACACCAGGAUUUUAUUAUGAGGUACUACCUGGAAGCUGGUGGUUAGGCAGCUUUUUGGGAGUGUUUGCACGCACCUCCAGACUGCAUUCCUGCUGCAGAACUUAUUGGAUGCAGAAAAUAUCCCUCUAGCCCUCUUGCAGGACAAUCUUCCUUCUCUCAGCAAUGGUAAUGUGCGAUAUCUUUGACACAGAGGGACAAAUAACGUCUCUGUUAUCUGUGAUUUCCACACCUGCUUCUUGGAAACCAUUGCUCUGAUCUUCUGCAUGGAGUGCAAAGAGUGGAUACAACUGACUCACUGACAAACAAAAAGACAGUUUUCUUGGGAGGGGGGGGAAAGAAGACAAUCUUUUUCUCUAACUUUGUUCUCUUUUUAUCCGUCAUGGGUCUGAACCCGGACAGAAACACCUGACUGAACCAGGGGAUGGUCGAAGACUCGAUAAACCUCUUUGAUUGGAUCCAGCGAGAACGAGGUCCAUCUUGAUCGUCAGAUCAGAACUCAAAGAAGUAAACUCCUCUCCCCCCCACUUACCUCUGGUGGGGGGGAGGGUGAAAUAUACUUUAGUUUUUAGGGUGUAGGGCUUAGGGCCAUAGCGUUUAGUUUUGUAGUUAUUUAGACAUUAGGUUGUAGACUAGACAUUAGAGUACUGAGCUCUGAUCUAGUUGGUAGUUAUUUGGUUCUCUUGUGUUUAGGCUUAUUCAGUUCUGCUGGUUUUAGCCUUUAGCUUGCUAGCUUAUUUACCUGAACAAGUCCUUGUGGUAUAACACACGUUAGCAUUUGGCUCUGACCUAUAGAUUACAGAAGCUUAGCAUUUAGUGUACAACCUGGAUCUAACCAACUGUAACAGCAAAAAGCAUUUAGGUUCUUUAGUUUAGAAAUUAGCAUUAGAAAACCUUGGUCAUAAACAUUUAGACCAUUAGCCUGUGUGCUAACUCUCAGACCAGCUAGUUAUGGAUGCUAAUCAAGGCCCAGGCCAGGGCAGCCCAGAGAGCCCUAACCGGGCGGUGGAGUACCUUCUUGAACUCAACAACAUCAUCGAGAGCCAGCAGAAGCUUCUGGAAACUCAGAGGCGCCGGAUCGAGGAGCUGGAAGUCCAGCUGGACCGGCUCAGCCAGGAGAACAAAGACCUGCGUUUGGAGCGGCAGCCCGUCGCUCCUCCUCCACCCGCUCCUCCUCCCGAGCCUCCACUCCCUCCUCCCCCUCCACCGCCUCCACCGACCACAUCCACUUCCAUGUCUGCCAAGAAUCACCAACAGCACCACCACCACCACCACAACAGCCAAUACCAAGCUCCUCCUCCGCAGCCCCCCUCCUCCAUCCCCCUGCACCAGAACCACCACCAGUACCAUCACAACCACCACCACUCCUCCGCCCACCACUCUUACAACAGCUCCAACAGCAUCCCUACGACGGCGAUCCCGGUUCCCGCUCCGUCUUCAGCCCCGACCUCCAUCUCGAUCCCGACCCAAAUCCCGACUCCGACAUCCCCCCCGGCUCCAGCUCCAACUCCGGCUCCUCCUCCUCCACCUCCGAUGCCGUCUCGGGACCAGCCGCGGGCCCACAGCCGGCUGACCCGCCUACCCUCCACCAGCACCGGCACCAACACCAACUUUGUGGAGAAAGAGAGGGAGAGGAUUGAGCGCAUGCACAAAACCAACGCCUCCAACAACCACCACGCCCACACCCUCCACCACCAGAAAUCGUAA